AUGGAUUCUGAUGAAGAUUUGGAGGCAUUACUAGAUAAGAGUGAGAAAGAGAAAGUUCAGGAAAGACUUGCAAAGAAAAAAAAUUCUUUACCUAAAGGAAGUACUAGAAAUCAGCAAAUUGAAGAUAAUCUAUAUGACGAAAGAAUACAAAUAGAAGCCCAAGAACAAACUCCACAGAAAGUUGUGGCUGAAAUAGAACAAGAUACAUUAACUGAAGCAUUACGGGACAGAGUAAAAGAAAAGCUGAAAACUGCCAAGGCUGCACAGGAAAAAGAUUUUUCUCACAAACAAAAUUCUGCCGCAGGAUUUCAAAACAAUCAAGAAAUAAAUGCUGAGAAUGAAGUACCCUUAGAUGAAGGCUUUGAAUUUUUUACAUCAACUUUUGAAUAUCACUCCAAUAUGAAAGAACUUGAUACGAAUGUUGAACAGAAAUCAACAGAUGGCUGCCUUCAAAACAUCUAUAGCUUAAAUGAGCAAAUUCCACUGCUUGUCCACGUGAAAGAAAUGUUGACAGAAUUACUUGAAGUAAAAUCUCCUGCCUGUAAUUUCAAUAAAGUAGACAAGGAAAAGGGAUGGAACCAACUUUUUAUUCCAAGCACAUCACCAGUUAUACAUAGCCAUAAGCUACCAAGCAAUAUGUUGCCAAGACUCCUAGAAGAGGAAGGAUUUUACAUUCCAAGAAAACCUUAUAUUCCUAGGAAGAUGUACCACAAAAUGGAGAAUCGUCUUCAUCAAGAAGGGGCAAAAGGCUGGUUUGAAGAAAGUGGGGAAAUAAUAUCAUUACCUUCUCCGAUCAAGCAAUCAAGCCAUCGCAUAGUGUCUUUCCCUGUUAAGAUUGUCACAGAAUUAAAGACAGUAUACAGAAAGCUAAAAGCCUUAAUAAGUGCAACAAAACUGGCAGAAACAAAUUUAAAAACCAGCCAGUUGAGUACAAACACUGUAAAGGAUUACAGAUCACAAAUAAGAAAUACUAAAAUAUUAUACAACAAGGAACAACAACGAGAUUAUUCUUUAAUACAAAAUAUGCUGAAAGUGUGGAAACAGAUGAAGACUUUACGCAGACAACAAGGCUUUACCAGUACAACUAUAAAAAUUCAAUUUCAACGGCAAACAUGUAAUUCUGAAUUGGAUGAAUAUCUAGCCAAAGUAUCAGAAGAUGAUGAAAAAGAGGAUUCUUUGGACUCCAUUUGUAGCUCUCAAACUUUAACAGACCCUAGAGAAGGAAAGAAAACAUUUUUCAUCCCUCAUGUGACCUUUAUAUCAGAAAUAACACCAGCAAAAUUAUGCCCACUUGAAGAACAGAACAGAAGAGAAAAGGUCAAAAUGGAGAAAUAUUUUAUUAAAACAUAUUACAAUAAUAAAUUGGUCUCUUGCACUCCUGAGUUUUCUCUUCGUGAUGAUUUUAAAGUUAUAUUCCAACAACAUUUUAUAAUUCAGAUUUUAAACUGGUCUGAAUCCCUUCAGCUGGAGAUUAUGGAGUCAAAUAAAAAUAUGUUGCUGGCCAAAGUGUACUUACCUCUUCCUAAUAACUGUAUUUUGAAAAGCAAGGAUGUUUUGGAUGAAGUAGAGUUUAGCUGUGAACAGCAAGUUAAACCUUCAGAUGGAGCAGUGGGAAGCAAUGUUCCUUUUUUCCUUGGUGAAAAUCAAACAGAAGAAUUGUGUAUUAUGACAUCAGGAAAAUUAAUGUAUUCUUUAUCUUGGACAGUUAAUGACAAAGGAAUUCCUUUGGCUCCUACUAUUCAACAUGCAUUUAUUUCCUCCAACAGUGUACCAAGGAACAUCAGUUCAGGAAAAGGGACAGGAAUUUGGUGGUAUUCUGAUAUCCAGAAACUAAUUGACUGGGCAAAAGACACAAAUAUUGAUCCGAAUGAUCCUUACUACUCAGAUUUGUUUGAGUUAAUUAUGUAUGCACAGUCUCAGGAGAAAAGUGAUUCAAAACACUUUCGCCUUGAACAACUGCAAGAUUUUAACUUUGUUAUUGCAGAAGAUAUUCAAAAUUGCAAACGUUUCCGGCUGUUACAGCUUAGGAAUUUAGGACAGUUGGGCUUCUACUGUUUUCAGCAAAUUCCUCUCUUUGACAAAGAAAUUCCAGACACAAUUUUUCAGGAACAUGGAGGCCAAUUGGAAAAGGACGUUUUUAUGACAGAUAUGGAUCCUAUUUCUGCACAAAGAAAUAGUUCUGCUAACUUUGUUAGGAUGAUGCGAGAUCAAGUUGCAAAACAAAUUUUGACCAUUAGGCACAAAUUUAAUUUAUCAGAUCUUGUGAGUGAUUAUGAAGAAAUUAUAUCAAUGAGCCAAUUGAGUAAUGCAAUUUUCAAACUAAGUGAACGCAGAAGACAUUUGAAACCACAAAGGAAAGAGAGACGAAAGGUUGCAGCCCAGGCAGUCUCGGAUGGAGAUGUUAAACUUCUUAUCAGAAUAUUGAGAGCAUACAAUAUUCCUGCAAGAAAGGCACCAGCAUCUAAGGUUCCAGUUACUUAUUCACCAUCAUACUUACCAAAUCGUAUGUCCCGAGGCAGACAUAUUCCAUUAGGUAAUUCAGCCUAUGCUGCCGAUCUUCUCUCUGAGGUGACCGUGCAUCCUUUUGUAGAAGUUACAUUUCAGAAAACAGUUUAUCAGACUAGCACUGCAGAUGGCUCUCAUCCAUGCUGGAAUGAAGAACUUCAAGUUGAUUUUAACUCUCCAGCACAUGAUUAUACCUUUUUAGGUCUAUCUAAAAUAAAAGACAACAUAAAUAUUAGCAUUUUUGAUGAAUUUGUGCUUGAAAAGCAUGAGGAUGCCUGCCCAAAUAGUUGCAGUGGUCAUUCUUACAUAAGAAAAAACUGGCUUGGAUCACUUGUGUUUCCUUUCUCUGCUCUACUUGAACAAUCUAAGAUCUGUGGAACAUUUCAAAUAGAUAUGCCACCUGUUGUACUUGGAUAUACUUGGAGUAAGACAUAUGUACCCCCUAAAGAAGAAUGUUUGGGGCAGAACCUGAAAGAAUAUAGCUUUCUCACCAUCUUUGCCACUAUUGAACCUCAGAUAUCCUCUGUUGAAAAUAAUUUAGAACUAGAUACGUUUGCAGAUCAUGAAGCAGAAACACUAUUGCAAAGAGCGUAUAUUUUUAAGCAAACAUGGAAAGCAGUGUUUCCAAAGAGAAGAAUAAUGACCUCAGUUUUUAACAAUCAGGGAAGGAAUAUUUUAGUAACUAAGUACAUUAGCCCUUUGAAUCCACCACAAUUAUUGCUAGAUAUGUAUCCAAAAGAUCCCAAUUCAACUUCUGACCUUAUAUCACGAUUUGUAUCUUUAAUUCCUUGUAUAGCAGAUACAGUGGAUGAAAAUAAUGAUGUUGAUGUGUGGAUGACAUCAGAGCACUGCAUCGAAUUGGGUGUUGGCAAUAAAGAAGAACAUGCAGUGCUUCUGUGUAAUUAUCUUCUGUACCUUGGGAAAAAAGCCUGGGUAUUGUUGGGAACAUCUGUGUUAGAAGGGAAAGUAGCUUAUGUUGCGACACAAGAAAAUGGAGAAUAUUUUCUGUGGAAUCCCCUGAGCGGUCACUGCUAUAAGCAGUUCAACGCAUUUUGCCCCCUACAGGGUGUUGAUUGCUUAAUCAGUUGGGAAAAUGUCUGGUUUAACAUUCAACAAAACAAUUCACCAAUGUGUACCAGUUUUGACAUUUCAAAGGAAAGCUUUUGGAAACAAUUACUUCCAUACAAUUUCCAGAAUUCAAAAACACAAACAGUGCAACCAGAAAAAAUAUUUUACGUUGCAACGGAUGGAAGUUUGGUAGAUGAAUUACAAAAUAGUAUUGUAACUAUAAUGAUAAUAAACAUCCUCUUGGUUUUUUUUUUAAAAAACAGAAUUGAAAGAACAUUAAAAAAUAAAAUAAUGGAGUGGCGAUCUCAUCUUCCAACUCGAUGGCAUCGAGAGUGUACUAGUGUUUUAAGACAAAUUCUUCCUAAGCUUGAGCUUAGAAAUGGACACAUAACCAAAGAAAAAGAAGAAAGUUAUUUGGAGGCUUUUCAAGAGCAUUACUGGGUUACAGGAUUUCCUUUACAGAUGCCAUACCUAGAUAUCCCAUCAAUAACUGAGGCAGUUUAUCAGACAGGAAUUCAUUCUUCAGAAAUUCCCUAUACAGAAUUUGCUCUUGCUGUGUAUAUCCAUCCUUAUCCAAAUAAGAUUUUAUCUGUUUGGAUCUACUUAGUAUCUUUGGUUUGUCAUCAGUAAGUAGCAGUAACUGACAAACCUCUUCAGGAAUUACAGUGCAUCUGUGAAAUUGGUAUUUGUGAUUUCUGAAUUGUUGUUGUAGACAAGAAACUAGUCAAAAAUAUUGUUUUUUAAAAAACCCUAUCUGCUGUUUGAUUCUUUCAUUCUUCUAAAGUAAUAGAUUUUGUUUUAUUUUUGCUUCUGUGAAUAAAAAAAAUUUACAAAAUUUAUUUGGAGUUUAAACAUCUAAAGGUUUUGUAUCUUUUUGUAAAUUCUUUUUGUAAAAUAUCCAUGCAGUGAUUUGGGCAUCAGUCUAUAAAAAUUGCAGUUACUGUAUUCUAGGAUAAUUCUUUAAUUCCCAUUCAAUAGCCUUGAAUUUCCUCCUGGCCUGUCACCCAACUAUUGACUGGGCCCAACUAUGCUUAACUUCUGGAUCCAAACAAACUCAGGACUUUUUCAUUAUAGGAGAGUACAAAUGCCUUCACAAACUUUCAUUCAUUGAUUUAAACUGGCUGCUCACUUGUUAUACAAUUCUGGGCAGCAAAGAACAAAUCAAAAACAGUAACACACAAACUAUAAAACUAUAAAAACUGAAAAACACUACAUCUGUGGCAUCACACAUAUCCACAUAAAUAAUCUUCUAUAUAUGGGCUCAGUCAGCCAUAAGGGCCAUUGCUUGGAAUAAAAACAUUUUUUUAAAAUGCCUUAUGAAAGGUCACCAGGGUGGGGAUCAUCAGGACCUUGGCUAUGGAAAUAUGAUGUAACCUAAGGUUUAUCUUUGUAAGAAUAAAAUGAAAUCUGUUGUACCUUCAUAUUUAAUUUUGUAAGGUAAACAUUCAUAUACAUAUUGCCUUCUUAUAAAAGGCUGUACCAAAAAAUGGUUAAAGGAUGCUUCAGGAAUGUCCCAACAUUUGAUAUUCUCUUUUGUUUGUGGCUCUUUCAUCACCAUUUGAGGCUUACCAUGCAGUGGUGGAAUUCUACUGGUUCUCUCCGAUUUGGGCAAACUGGUAGUGGUGGUGGCCGGAGGC